AUGAUGCCCAGCGGCGAGGAUGCUGCUAUCAAGCGGGUUCUCCAGGACAAACGUUUCAAGAAUCGUGAAUUGCAGAUCAUGAGGAUUGUGCGCCAUCCUAACAUUGUCGAGUUGAAGGCCUUCUACUAUUCGAACGGCGAGAGGGUAUACUCCCCUGACCAAUUGCCAUUUUCACAUUCCAGGGCUGACCACUCUACGAUGUCACCGCAGAAGGACGAAGUGUACCUGAAUCUCGUCUUAGAAUACGUACCGGAAACAGUUUACCGGGCGUCUCGUUAUUUCAAUAAGUUGAAGACGACCAUGCCGAUGUUGGAGGUCAAGCUCUACAUCUACCAGCUUUUCCGGUCACUGGCAUACAUUCAUUCACAAGGCAUUUGUCACCGGGAUAUCAAACCUCAGAACCUUCUUCUUGACCCCGCGACUGGUAUCCUGAAGCUUUGCGAUUUCGGAUCCGCCAAGAUCUUGGUCGAGAAUGAGCCCAACGUAUCAUACAUAUGCUCUCGCUACUACCGAGCCCCAGAGUUGAUUUUCGGCGCUACGAAUUACACAACAAAAAUCGACGUAUGGUCUACUGGUUGUGUGAUGGCGGAGCUGAUGCUCGGGCAACCUCUCUUUCCCGGAGAGUCUGGGAUCGACCAGCUGGUCGAGAUUAUCAAGGUUCUCGGUACACCCACGCGCGAGCAAAUCCGUACUAUGAACCCCAACUAUAUGGAGCACAAAUUCCCUCAAAUCAAGCCACACCCCUUCAAUAAGGUCUUCCGAAGAGCGCCGCAUGAGGCUAUCGACCUUAUCUCCGCAUUGCUGGAAUACACGCCAACUCAGCGUCUUUCUGCAAUCGAAGCUAUGUGCCACCCGUUCUUUGAUGAACUCCGGGAUCCGAACACCCGGUUACCCGAUUCGCGGCACCCCAACGGAGCGACCAGAGACCUUCCUAACCUUUUCGACUUUUCCAGGCAUGGUGCGUUGUAA